AUGGCCAACUUAAAGACGUACCGGCAGCAGGAGGGGUUUCACGAUCGGAAGUCUGCCGUUCCGUCGACGGACGUUCCUCCGUUGGAGGACCCGCUUGCGGGUUAUAUAUUCGUGUGCAACAAUGAAACCAUGGAGGAUGACAUUAAACGCGAGCUUUUCGGCUUACCGCAGAAGUAUCACGAGUCGGUUCGGGGGAUUCAACCGGGAAUGCCGCUGUUUCUCUACAACUACACCACUCACCAUUUACACGGCGUCUUCGAGGCAUCAAGCGAAGGUGGCCUGAACCUAGACCCGUCGUUAUCAAAAUUUCCAUCACAAGUUAGGGUUCGUCUGCGGGAGCAACGGUCACCGCUGGACGAGACCAAGUUCCGUCGGUUCCUGUAUCACUACGACGGGCCCAAGUUCCGCCUCGAGCUCUCUUUGACCGAGGUACGCUGGGUUAUACGGUCGCUGCUUACACCAUUUCCUUUUCUGUGA